AUGGCGAACUCUUCAGAGGAAUGGCCCAUUGGGUGGAUUGUGAACAACGACACCGAGUUUAAUUUUGCUACAUCAAUCUUCAACCUCAACUACACGCUACAUAAAGGAAUCGUAAACGAGGAUGAUUUCGACUGGGCAAUAACUUAUAUUGCUGGGAAAAAGGUCUUCCUAGUAAAUGCUCCCCAGGAAUACCAUGCCAUGGUGGGUACAGCCAUGAGGGAAAGAUUUCACAUACAGGUGCUCUUUUUUGGAGGUACUUGUGACUCGGAUACGUACGGAAUUCCGCCUAUUGGCCAUUGUUUGUUGCAGCUACCGGACGUCGAUGAGAGUCAGAUUGCACGCUUGUCAACAAUCAUUCCCAGAGAGAAUUUGACAUCCUUAGCCAAACUGGCGAAUGCCAUCGACCGCUUUGUAGCAAAAUCAACGACGAGAGAAAUUAACAUUGAUGCAACAAUCGAAGAGUUAGCUGUGUUAAACCCAGAGAUUAACGAUGGACUCGUGCAACCAGAGAUUCGCUUGCCCCCGGAUUAUCGAUUAUGGCCAGGAUAUAUGAACAACUAUAUGUGCUGCAGCAAGGAUUUGAACAGCGGCCGCUAUAGAAACCAGAUACCGUGUCUCAGGGUCCGAGGCGUUCGAGGCUAUAAGAGAACUACUAGCAAUCAUAUCAUGUGGGUGAAAUUUGCAAGCCUGGCAUCGGCACUCGCCAUAUCAGCUAUUAUUGGAGAAAUUUACACAGGUCAGCCAUGA